UUCAGAGGGAGAGUGCAGACGCGCACCAGACAGAAGUGAGACCUGGGGAACAUUUAGGAGGAAGAAUCAACCAGGCCUGAGGACCAAGCGUGUGGGCGUGAGGGAGGAAGCCCUUGUUCAAGGUGACUUGUAAGGAGGCCAAGCGAACCAUUUCUAGAAAAGGAGACUUGCACCGUUGGCAGAGCGCAGCAGCGAAGAGGCAACUGGACGUCGACAAGACGCAGGUGGAGUGGAGCUGGGAGGAGAGAGGCGGAGACGAAGGCCUCAGUGGGUGCAGCUUAAUCCGUGCGGGAGGAAGUCUGGUGGCGAGUCACCCUCGCGAGCCAACCGGCGGCUGUGACGCUCCCCGCCCCGUGCACGUAGCCCUCACCGUCUUGGCGUGCGCAGCUGCGGCUUGGGCUGAAGCCUUUGCUCCCUCUCCGGAGCACGGGGAGUGGCAGGAUGUCUCAGUGGUAUGACCUUCAGCAGCUGGACUCCAAGUUCCUGGAGCAGGUUCACCAGCUUUACGAUGACAGUUUUCCCAUGGAAAUUCGACAGUACUUGGCACAGUGGCUAGAAAAUCAGGACUGGGAGCAUGCUGCCAAUGAUGUUUCGUUUGCCACCAUCCUCUUUCAUGAGCUUCUCUCACAGCUGGAUGACCAGUACAGCCGUUUUUCCUUGGAGAAUAAUUUCUUGUUGCAGCAUAACAUAAGGAAAAGCAAGCGGAAUCUCCAGGACAAUUUUCAAGAAGACCCCAUCCAGAUGUCCAUGAUCAUCUACAGCUGUCUCAAGGAGGAAAGGAAGAUUUUGGAAAACGCACGGAGAUUCAAUCAGACUCAGUCGGGGAAUAUUCAGAACACGGUGAUGUUAGACAAGCAGAAGGAGCUUGACAACAAAGUCAGGAAUGUGAAGGAGCAAGUGAUGAACAUAGAGCACGAAAUCAAGACCCUAGAAGACUUGCAGGAUGAAUAUGACUUCAAGUGCAAAACCUUGCAGAACCGAGAGCAUGAAGCCAACACCGUAGCCAAGAGUGACCAGAAGGAAGAGCAGCUGCAGCUGCAGAAGAUGUUUUUGAUGCUGGACAACAAGAGGAAGGAAAUAGUUCACAAAAUCCGGGAGCUGCUGAAUGCCACGGAGCUCACCCAGAAUGCUCUGAUUAACGACGAGCUGGUGGAGUGGAAGCGGAGACAGCAGAGCGCCUGCAUCGGGGGCCCGCCCAACGCCUGCCUGGACCAGCUGCAGAACUGGUUCACCAUAGUCGCAGAGAGUCUGCAGCAGGUUCGUCAGCAGCUCAAAAAGCUGGAGGAAUUGGAGCAGAAAUUUGCCUACGAGCAUGACCCCAUCACCAAAAACAAGCAGGCGUUGUGGGACCGUACCGUCAGUCUCUUCCAGCAGCUCAUUCAGAGCUCGUUCGUGGUGGAGAGGCAGCCUUGCAUGCCAACUCAUCCCCAGAGGCCGCUGGUCUUGAAGACGGGCGUCCAGUUCACCGUGAAGCUGAGGCUGCUGGUGAAAUUGCAAGAGCUGAAUUACAACCUGAAGGUCAAAGUGUUAUUUGACAAAGAUGUGAAUGAGAGAAACACAGUGAAAGGAUUCAGGAAGUUCAACAUCCUGGGCACGCACACGAAGGUGAUGAACAUGGAGGAGUCCACCAAUGGGAGUCUGGCGGCCGAAUUCCGACACCUGCAACUGAAAGAACAGAAAAAUGCUGGCAAUCGAACUAAUGAGGGCCCUCUCAUUGUAACCGAAGAGCUCCAUUCCUUGAGUUUUGAAACCCAGCUGUGCCAGCCUGGCUUGGUCAUUGACCUGGAGACCACCUCCCUGCCACUCGUGGUGAUCUCCAACGUCAGCCAGCUCCCGAGCGGGUGGGCAUCCAUCCUGUGGUACAACAUGCUGGUGGCAGAGCCUAGGAAUCUGUCCUUCUUCCUGAACCCACCGUGCGCACGAUGGUCGCAGCUCUCAGAAGUGCUGAGCUGGCAGUUCUCCUCCAUCACCAAGAGAGGGCUCAACGGGGAUCAGCUGAGCAUGCUGGGAGAGAAGCUUCUCGGUCCCAGUGCUGGCCUCGAUGGUCUCAUUCCGUGGACGAGAUUUUGCAAGGAAAAUAUAAGUGACAAAAAUUUCUCCUUCUGGCUGUGGAUUGAAAACAUCCUAGAGCUCAUUAAAAAGCACCUGCUGUCUCUGUGGAAUGACGGGUGCAUCAUGGGCUUCAUCAGCAAGGAGCGAGAGCGUGCACUGCUGAAGGACCAGCAACCUGGCACAUUCCUGCUGCGGUUCAGCGAGAGCAGCCGCGAAGGGGCCAUUACAUUCACAUGGGUGGAGCGGUCCCAGAACGGAGGUGAACCGUAUUUCCACGCAGUUGAACCAUACACGAAGAAAGAGCUUUCUGCUGUUACUUUCCCUGAUAUCAUCCGCAAUUACAAAGUCAUGGCUGCUGAGAAUAUUCCAGAAAACCCCCUGAAGUACCUGUAUCCAAACAUUGACAAAGACCAUGCCUUUGGGAAGUAUUACUCCAGGCCAAAGGAAGCCGCAGAACCGAUGGAACUUGACGGCCCCAAAGGGACUGGCUACAUCAAGACUGAGUUGAUUUCUGUGUCUGAAGUUCACCCUUCUAGACUUCAGAGCACAGAGAACCUGCUGCCCAUGUCUCCCGAGGAGUUUGAUGAGGUGGCUCGGAUAAUGGGGCCCGUAGAACUGGACAACAUGAUGAAUGUAUGAAUUUUUCUCAUCUCUGGUGACGUUUCCACUUGCCCUGUGUGAACCCCUCCUGCUACUGUGUUCCUUCGCAUCCCGUGUUUCUAGGGCAACGAAGGGCGGCCCAACGAACCUGCUGCCACCUCUUGAUAGUAAAUGGACAGUUCUCUAGUUCAGAAACGUGUUACUGAAGGGCUGCAUGCAUCUUACUGAAGGUAAAAUUGAGUCACUCUCUGGGUUUUGCAAACAAACAAAAUCACUCAGGUCUACCCAAAGCAUCAGGACCAGAAUGUGGGUCCUUUGGGAAAGAUGAAAGGUUUAGCAGCACCCAGCAAAUGUUAUGCCUGAAAGCAGUACCUGUUACCAGUUAAGUAGAUCAGCCACUACUUGGGCACUUCUCAUACAGAAAUGGUGAAUUCUGUCCUUGAGAAUUCUUUCAUGUUCUGUCUUGAAGAGGACUAGAAGUUUCCCACUGGUUUACUUGUGAAGUAGUCCAGAGCCCAGUGUCUGUACAGUUACCCCACCCUUUCCCGAAGGCAGCCGUCCAGCCGCGGGGCAGGGAAGUUGUCUUCUUGAUGACGUCUCUCCCACACUGGCCGUUUAUAACGAAGCACUGGGCCUGCUGUUAGCUUUUCUGCUUGGUGGGGCUGAAGGACGCUGGCUGAUAGCAGUAGAGGGAAGUACAUUUUUCUAAAGUCAUGAAUAGUAUCUCAUUACCCAGACCUGAAUAUAUUCUGCAUUUAUCUUGGUCACCAGCCAAUGAAAUCAUCUUUGCAGUUCUCUCAAAACAAACCACCAUUUUUUAAAAUCUUAAGUUAAUCAUGAACAGAUAAAUUCAGAUAUUCAAUUGGUAUUUGUGAAAUGGGUUUUCUUUAUUGUUAUUAGCUGCUAUUUAGCCCAUUAGCCAUAAAGAAGGAGUUGGAAAAGUAGUAAAGGACAUCUUGAACAACCAGAGAUAAUGAGGAACAAAUAAUUUCAAAACUCCUGUCUGCUGUAACUGCAUUGAGAACUGCAUAUUUUCCAGUGAAAUGUAUUUUCUGACAAUUACAUGUACAAAUGGUUCCAA